AUGUUACGUUUCACAGAGACUGAAAAAGGUAAUGUAGUACUAAACUACAAUUGUUAUCAAUAUACGAAAAAACGAGAAAAUAAAAAAAGUAAUCAAUGGAGAUGUCGUGAUCGUAAUUGUUCAAGUACAAUAUCAUUAUGCUCACAGGAUUUAUCAAUAAUCAAAAAUGAAACAACUCAUACAUGUGCACAAGAUACUAAUAAAUUUAUUAUUGAUACAAUUAUUGGAAGAAUGCAAAAACGUACACGUGAAGAAACAGCUACAAUUCCUAAAAUUUAUUCUCAAGAGAUUGUGAAAGCAAGAGUCGAAAAUCCUGGCCUUCCAACUGGUAGUCUAUUUCCAACACUUUCCAACAUUGAUGCAUCGCUCUAUCGUCGUCGUGCAAUUAAUUAUCCUAAAUUACCAACAACAAUUAACGAAAUUAGUUUAAAUGGUUCAUGGAAAUUAGAUAAAAAUGGUGGUGAUUUUCUACUGGUAGAUGAAACAUGUAAAUGGAACGGACCGAUUGAUGAUUUUUGGAAAAGAAAAAUACAAGAGAUUGGUUUGAGUCGUUAUUUUCUUCAAAAGAAAGAUAAUGAUAAUAUAUCUGAUGUUGAACGUAAGCAAGCCGAUCAUUGGUUUCAUGAGCUAUUGGUUUAG